AUGGACACGGCGUUCCUCCUCCUCUACGUGGAUGACAUAGUGCUCACCGCCUCCUCUGCAGUUGUCCUCGAGCGCGUCGUCACCCAUCUCACUGGUGAAUUUGUGAUGAAGGACCUGGGCGGCCUACACUUCUUCCUCGGCAUUCGCGUAACACGCAUGGUGGCUGGGUUCUUCCUCUACCAACAGCAGUACACGGAGGAGCUUCUCAAUCGCGCCGGCAUGGACACCUGUCGUCCCUUGCCAAUGCCAAUUGGCACCAAGGCCAAGCUGCCGGCAGCCGAUGGCCCCCAUGUUGAUGACCCGUCCGCAUACAGGAGCAUCGCCUGUGGCUUGCAGUAUCUCACCAUCCCUUGCCUCGAGCUCGCCUACGCCAUCCAACGGGUCUGCUCGCACAUGCAUGACCCCCACGAGUGCCAUCUCGCUAUGGUCAAGCGCGAUAUGUGGUACGUGCGCGGCAUGGCGUCCCUCGGUCUCCAUCUCCGUGCCUCGACCAUGCUCGAUGUGCGUGCCUUCACCGGCACUGACUGGGCGGGAUGCCUCGACACGCGCCGCUCCAUGUGUGGCUUCCUCGUCUACCUCGGUGAUGCGCUCGUCUCCUGGUCCUCGAAGCGCCAGGCGAUGGCCAUGCUGGUGUUCUGCGACAACGUGUCCGCUAUCUACCACUCCGCCAACCCAGUGCACCACCGCCGGACGAAGCACGUGGAGCUGGACAUACACUUCGUUCACGAGCGCGUGGCGUUGGGCCAAUUUCAUGUCCUGCACAUCCCCAAUCAACAGCAGCUCGCCGACAUAUCAUGA